AUGAUACAAGGGAAGUUCCAUACACAGGAGUGGGAUCGCUUCGUCGGGUUCAUGUGUAUGGUAUUUCGGAAGUCAGAGCUCAACGCCAAUCUGGCUCGGGACUCGAUGCACUUCGUCACUCGUGCAUUGCCCAACGAAAACUCAUCCGGUACAUCCAAAGGUGGCAUGUUCAGCAAUGCUCGUAGCCCGUCAACCAAACGAGUUGGUUCCUCCAAGGUUGUGGCGGAUAAUUUUGCAUUGGACACAAACAACAACGUCCCAAUCUACGACGCACGUAACCAGCAAAAUUUCGACUUGGAAAGCGACCUUUCCAAUCUCGGCGCAGCACUACCAGCCUGGAACCAGGAGGUACCACGCGGGUCGUUCGUGGUCGUCGGCUACACGGCGGCGGUCUACUUAUCUAACAUGGGGAAGUGGACGCUCAGUUUGAAUAUCCAGUGGGUUAUCAUAAUAGGAUGCCCAGAUGAGGGGGAGAACAGCAGCGAGGAGUAG